AUGUCCACUGUGAUCGACUACGCGGGAGUCGAUCAAGCUACUGCCGUCAGACCCCACCAUCGCUCUCUGGUAUCCAUGCCCGUAGCUGGUGCGCCCCCAGUGCCGCUCAGUGCCUCGUGCGGGAUGCCAGAGAGGACUUUGUUGGAGCGGUCGGAUGAGCGCAUGCUGUCCGACCCAGAUGACGUCGGGUUGCAGAUGGAGCCAGGUACGUCUCAACAGCUCUACAUGGACGAGGUGCUGCGCAAAGAUCGGUCAGCUUACGUCGGCUUCAUCGCAGACGUCCUAUACGGGCUGGGCCGGGCCCGCGUCGAGCGGCCCGCUGGCGACCAUGACAUAUACCUCGCAGGGGCCGACGUCGAGGAUUAUUUCGGCGGCCUCGAGAACUCCGCCGAGCUCAAGGAUUACUUCUGCUGCCCCAUCCCUGACCUCGGAAGAGUUUGGAAGGGGCUUUGCAGAUUGGCCCUGGGCCGAGGAGCUGCUGUCAAUGGCGCGCCGCUCCGGCCUUCGAGAAGCGCGGCCGAGGGCUGUCACAGGUGGUCCUGGGCUUUCUUCCUGGGGCAGAAGGCGUUGGAUAACCAGAUUUUGGUGGCCCUCGAGGGGCGGCCCCGCGGACAGCUCCGCGAAACCGGGCCGCUCCCUGACGUCCCGGGCGGGGUGAGCGUUCUGCCGCACUGCGACAACCUCAACGUGUACGGCGUAAGCCGCGAGAAGGUGCAGCAGGCCAAGACUUUGGUAGUGGCCCAGCUUCGCCACGUCGGCUUCAGGGUUCACGAGGAGACCGACGCUUCGACCGACCACGAGAGCCUGGGCUGGAAGCUGCACGGCGCCCGCCGGCUGGCCAUGAACAAGCCAGAGCUGGCGGCUCGCCUGCAGCGGGCGGGCGGGCACCUAGAAGGCUGCCGUCGAGUGACUGGUCACACGGUCAGGCGGUGGCUCGGCCGCGCCGUGGAUCCCUUCGCCAUUAUGCGGGAAGGGUCGUCGCGCCUCAGGAGCUGCUGCGGCUUCGUGGAGAAGGUCGGCGGGCAGUGGGCCGAGCCCUGGGCCUCUGUCAGGGAGGAGGCGAGGUGGGUGAGCGUGCUUACUUACCCCUGCGCGGCCGAGCUGUUCCGCGAAUGGCGCCCUGAGUUCCUUUCGCUGGCGCCUGCGAGAGCGGGAUUGGUGUUGCUAGUCGCGCAAUUCCUCAUUGACCUCGACACCGUGAUCCCCGUGGGCCCAGGGGGCGAGUUGGAGAUGUUCGAGGGGAACCAUAAAUUCCAGAAGGGCGCCGCCCCGCCUGGCGCCAGCAGCGGGAGCCGCCCGGCCUUGGCGCUAACGCGGCGCAACCAGGGCGCGGGCCCCGCGGUCCACAGGGGCCUCCGCAGGGCGCAGCCGCCAGCGCGGCCAGCAAGCCAGGACUUCGUGCAGUCGAUGGGGGCGUGCACGCUGGACACCGUGCAGAAUGCAGACUCUGCCAUGGUGGACUUCGCGGAGUUCUUGUUCAUGGAGGGGUUCGAGGUCGCGGACAUUUGGAAGGCCCUGGGCAGCAAGAUCGCGCGCUUCGCCUGGAUCACGAUGUUCACCGGCUACUUCCGGCCAGCAGACCUUCAUGCGCCGCGGGGCGAGGAUUUGGCGGCCCGCGCGGGGUCCAGCCAGUGGCGGGCCCUCGAACUGCACCCGGCUGGGCGAGGCGACGAGUCGAAGGUCGGCUUGAGCGACGAGAGCUUGUUGCUGGACGCGCCGCGCCGCCCAGGCGCAGGCGCGGCGUUGGCCGCGCUGGCGAAGGACCGCGAGGGCGAGAAGCUUUUCGACAUCCCGCCGGCGGAGCUGCCGAGGCUGUGGAACCUCUCCCUCGUCGGCGUCGGGCCCCCCGCCUGGCAGGAGCGCGCGCAGUGCCGGCUGCGCCGCGGCGGACCCAGCGACGACCGCCUUACGAAGGCCCCAGGCGUGAAGGAGGUGAGGCGGAGGGGUCGCUGGGCCAGCGCCAAGUCUGUCAAGAGAUGUGAGGCCAGCGCGCGGGUGCAACAGGAGAUGAAGAGGCUUCCUGCCGCUGUGCGCGCCUGCGUCGACCGGGCGGCCACUGCUUUGCCAGCGUUGGUUGAGUCGCGGGCUUCGAGUACACUGCUGUUCGCGUGCGCGGAACUGCGAGCUGGACGAAUCCAGCUGCCGGCCGCCGCGAAGCACGGCGGGCCGGGCCUCGGCAUUCUCAUCGCCCUCGAGGCCUCAUUCUAUUGCUUUGGCUGGACCGCGAGCCUGAACGGAGCAUACACCUCAGAGGGCAUCUUAGUGGUUGUCAUCCUCGCUCUCGGCGCGGCGUUGCUCUUCAUAUCAGGGUGCUGCUGCGGAGUGGUGUCCUCCGCCUUCUUCCAGAUCAUCUGGCUUCAGCUGCCUGGAUUCUUCGAGAAGAGAGUGUUCGUGAAGUACGUGGGUCAUCCUAUAUGGCACGAAAGACUUUUACUGGAGAAGGUGGGAGAUUCGGCGACUGACUGGAUCAUCGCCACCCCCGACAGCGAUGUGUAUAUGGAGGACUUCAGCCGACACAACGAGGACAUCGAGGGCUUCCGUCUGUCCGACCGUCGUGGCGGAGGUCCCCACGGCAUCGACCCGCAGGAUGUCUACCGGUUCCGCCAGGAGCCAGAGGGAGCCCACCUGCAGGGCCUUCGAGAUGAGGCCAGGCUGUUGGCGCGCUCCGAGGCUGCUCGCGGUGGAGGUGCUCCCGCAGGCAAUGCCGACCUAUGGUAUGCUAUCGAGGAGGCGCCAGGCAUUCAGACGGGCAGCGUCGUUCGCCUCACUGAGGAGGCAGUCAUCAGCGGCGACAGGGUGAUCCACUUCUAUGUCCAUGACGGCGUGGAGAAGAGGGUUUUCUGCGUCAGAUGCCCAGCUGCUGAUCUGGCCGAUGUAAAGAAGAAGUUCCGCAUCGAGACGGACGACGACGGCGACGCGCGGACCCUGCCCAUCAAGAGCGUGGCGGGCCAGCGCAAGCGGGACUUCAGCGACGCGGUCGAGAAGAUGGAGCUCGUGAGUUUCUCGGACUGGGAGACGCACAUCCCAGGCCCGAGGACGACUCGCUGGUGCCUGGACUUCCUACGACGGAGGAACGGGCCGCUGGCACACCACGAGUGGUGGAAGUCCACGGCCAAGCUGAACAGCGACGACUACGGUGUCUCGUUCCACGAGGCUGUGCUGCGUGCCGUGCAAACAGGCGCGGAGUACGAUCAGCUGGACCUGGUCAACUUGGCAUCGAUGGAGCACUUGCUGCGCUCGGCCCAGCUGAUCGAGAGGCUGACUCUGCUCUUGGGCCUUCGCAGCUUCGAGGGUGCCGAGCUGUCCAGCGACGCUUCAGGAGAAGGGAGCACGUCGGUGAGAAGGUUGCUGCCCUGGGUCGUGCACUUGCGGAGCUCGAGCGAGGUGAUGGCCUUCCUGAGCCGGCUGAGGGCCGCGGGGCUCGUCGAGUUCAGUUUAACGGAUGGAGUCCGAACGGGGAUCUUUGCGGUUUGGAAGUCGGACGGGGUGAAGCAACGCCUCAUCCUGGACGCUCGGAUUUCCAAUUGUAGUUUUGAGGUCCCCGAGUCGCCCGACCUCCCCACGGCUAACGCUUUCUCGAGGAGGUAUUUCACCAUGGAGCCCCUCAGUGCCAAGGACUUGCAGAUCUCGGAGGGGACUGGACGUCAGCUUUCUUGGCUCGUCGGACAUUUUGUCUCCAUGGCGCUGGUGAAAAGAGAACCCCUUUGCUGCCUCAACGCGGUCUACGCUUUCGUGGCUAAGCACCCCGAGGACUCUGCUCCGUUCUGGCCGUCGGUCGUUAGGGAGCUCCGCUGGAUCCAGUCUUUGUUACCCCUCCUCGUCCAUGAUCUGGCCAAGCCUUUCAGUCCCAGGGUCCUGGCAUGUGACGCCUCGAUGUGGGGAAAAGGGGUCGCUCACAAGUCCCUCUCCGUGGGGGCGAUUCGGGACCUCUCGCAGUACUCGGAGCGCUGGCGUUAUCACGGGACCUCGGGAUCUGCCAGGACGGGGGCGCUGGAGGAGGCUCUCGGCGGGGCGCUGCCUUCAGGUGAGUUCUUGGAGCUGAGCUUCGCCGACGAGGGGCUCGCCUCGUGCGACCUGUCCGGCAAUUUUGUGCAGUGGCCCUCAGAGCUGAUGUUACGGCGGAUCUCAGCGCGGAAGCGCCGGGCCGCUGCGCAGCCCAGCAGGACGGCCAGCGAGACCAGCAAGUCGCACCCCGACGCGGAGGAGCGCAAGAAGGCCAGGCGCUCCCUGCAUGCCCUCGAGAGGAGGAGUCUCCAGGCCGUGGGCCGGUCCUUCCUCGAGCAGGGGAGUGUCUCUCGGGCAGUGCAGCAGCAGUACAAGGCAGCGCUCGACCGCUUCGUGAAGGAUCAGAGUAUCAGGGACCUCUACGCGCUGGCCCGCACGCCCAAGGCGCUGGACCAGAAGCUGAAGUGCCACCUCGACGACCUCUACUUCGAGGGGGAGCUGAGUGGCGUAGCGAACAUUCUAGUGGCGACUAUCCGGUGGAAGUUCCCACAGUUUGGUCGCCAGGGGGGCCAGUCCUUGCCCGAGACUGCCCGAGCGCUGCUGGGCUUCAGCAAGCUCUCUCCGGCGGCCUCUCGGCUGCCGAUCCCAGCGACGGUGGUCUUCGGCCUGGCAAUGGUGCUGUGCUCGCUGGGCUUCACCCUCGCCGCCUUCGGGAGCCUCCUGGCCUUCCACCUCUACCUCAGGCCGUCGGAGUUGAUGCGCACGAAGUGGAGGCAUUGGUCCCCGCCGUGCGGGGCAGGCCGCGGAGGGACCGACGGGUGGUGUCUGACGUUGCACCCUCGAGAGGACGGCGUCCAGUCCAAGGCAGAGGAGUUCGACGAGAACAUAUCGAUCGACGCAGACGGCCAUCUCAGUUUCCUCAAUCAGGUGACGUCGGUAAUGCAUGCCAAGGCGAAGCGGGAGGCCCGCCUCGACGAGCUGGUGGUGGGCGACCUCGGCGGCCGCUCGUUCCUCAUGGUCUUCAAGAUGGCGGGCGAGCGGCUUGGUCUUCCCAAGCCGCCAGUGGCGCACCAGCUCCGCCACGCAGGUCCGAGCUACGACCUGGCCCAGCGGAUCCGCCGCCUGGCCGAGGUCAAGGCUCGUGGCCGCUGGUCGGCGGACUCUUCCGUCAGGCGCUACGGCAAGCAGAACCGCAUCAACGAGCAGAUCGCCGCGCUGCCUGUCGCGGCGCGGGCCUUCUGCGACGACGCCUGGAAGAAAACCGGAAAUGUCCUCUUGAAGCGUUCGAAUCCCUUAGAGCUGCCGUGA